UCCGACGCAGCGCUCGCUUGGAGCUUCCGGGGCGCGCCGCGGCGUCCGCUGGCGGAGGCGGCGGCGGCGGCGGCGGCCUGGGAUUCGGGCGGGAUGGAGGAGGCCGCCAUCGGAGAUGCCGAACUCAACUGGUCCCGCCUCAGCGUGUCGGCCGAGGCGCUGGAGUCGGAACUGGAGGCGCGCGCGGAGGAGCGGCGGGGCUCGCGGGAGGCGCUGCUGCGCCUGCUGCUGCCCUACAACCGGCUGACGUCGCUGCCGCGGGCGCUGGGCAGCGGCUUCCCGCACCUCCAGCUCCUGGACGUCAGCGGGAACGCGCUCACGGCGCUGGGGCCCGAGCUGCUGACGCUGAGCGGCCUGCGCACGCUGCUGGCCAGGAACAACCGGCUCGGCGGCCCGGGCUCGCUGCCCAAGGGCCUGGCCCAGUCGCCGCUCUGCCGCAGCCUCCAGGUGCUCAACCUCAGCGGCAACUGCUUCCAGGAGGUGCCCCCCUCGCUGCUGGAGCUGCGAGCGCUGCAGACCCUCAGCCUGGGCGGCAACCAGCUGCAGAGCAUCCCCGCCGAGAUCGAGAACUUGCAGAGUUUAGAAUGUUUAUACCUUGGAGGAAACUUCAUUAAAGAAAUCCCACCAGAAUUAGCAAAUCUACCUUCUCUGAAUUACUUGGUGUUAUGUGACAACAAAAUCCAAAGUGUGCCUCCUCAGCUUUCACAGUUGCAUUCACUUCGUUCCCUCAGCCUCCACAAUAACUUGCUGACAUAUCUGCCUCGAGAGAUCCUCAACCUCAUUCAUCUGGAAGAAUUGAGUUUGCGAGGAAAUCCAUUGGUUGUUCGCUUUGUUAGAGAUUUAACAUAUGACCCUCCAACUCUUCUGGAAUUAGCUGCAAGGACCAUUAAGAUCCGAAGUAUUUCUUACACUCCCUACGAUCUUCCUGGGAAUCUUCUUAGAUACUUGGGUUCAGCCAGCAAUUGCCCAAACCCAAAGUGUGGUGGUGUCUACUUUGACUGCUGCGUCAGACAGAUUAAGUUUGUGGACUUCUGUGGGAAGUACCGCCUCCCGCUGAUGCACUACUUGUGUUCUCCAGAAUGCUCUUCCCCCUGUAGCUCUGCGUCACACAGCUCCACAUCCCAGAGUGAGUCCGACUCAGAAGAUGAAGCCAGUGUUGCUGCACACAGGAUGCAGAAAGUUCUUCUGGGCUGAGCGGCAGUGGGUCUGGAGAGAUACUAAACACUACGCAAAGAUACUUAAAAAGAAAAUGGAGCUUGAAGUUGAUUGGAAACCUUAAUGUUUUCAUCUUGAAUGUCCGUGUAGGAGUUGCAGUGAUGUAAAAGGUUUUGCAUUCCAUCUAUCUGUUCAACAAGAUUGAGUCCAGUUCCACGUUUAGAUUCUUUGAGUGUAAUUUAUUCUGAAUGGCAGUUCACAAUUGAGUUCAGCUGGUUGGUCACAAUUUUCACUGAAGUCUUUGAUGAAACACUAGCAGAAUGGUACACCCUGAAGAGCAGUCAUCAUCAGCCUGGAGUGGUGGCACUUGGGGCAGUUGGGUUGACUAAGUAAGACUUGAUGACAGUUGUACUUCCAGAGUUGUCCUGGUUUGUGCUGAACACUCUGCCAUGAGUAGACUGGGCCUUCCCCUGUGUCACCCCUGACUUGAGCCUUUCUGACCAACUAACUGGUACAGUAAGGACUGUCACUUUCCAGUGGACUGUCUAAACUUUAGCUCUUGUUUGGUGUGAUUGUUACUAACCUUAUGCAGUCUAGCUGGGAUGUGUUACAGUGCCUUAAUCCUAGCAAGGAUGUGGAAGCUUAUUCUAGAAAUGACUUCAGAGCAGCCUACAGCCUGACACUAUGCAAACAAAACACUUGGAACUUGCUUUCUCAGACUAAACCCUAUAGAUUGUCCCUGAGUCCUGCAGGCCUGGGACUCGGGAUGUAGAAUGGGCUGGCCGGGAACUUCGAGAUCCACUUGCCUCCACCUCCUGGUGCCGGCAUUAAGGUAUUCGCAACCACCUCCUUCCAUGGCUUAUCUUAACUUCAUUUUGUUAACUGUAGUGAUCUUGUGUAAGUAAGGCUACAGUCAGGAUCCAUCUAUUCGCCAAAAGAUAGAAUCAUCGUUCUUGACAGAAAAAUCUAGACGACAAGUAAUCUGAGAAAAGCUGCUUUAUAAUAAUGGACUAAAUGAGGAAAAGUUGGACAUGGUUGUGCACACCUCCACACCAGCACUUGGGAGGUAGAGGCAGAAGGUCAGGAGUUCAAAGUUAGCCUAGGUGCCAUAGUGAAGUUGAGGCCAGCCUGGGCUAUAUACAUGAAAACUUGUCUCAUAGUGGGGGUGGGUUAGGGUGGGGUGGAUUUUAACUGUCAAAUGUGUCGCCUUUGCUUGUUGUAUACUAAACCAAAACUUUCUCCGCAUUUGAAAGACAAACUACAACUAGAUAGCAUGACCGUUGAAGGGAGUCAGAAGUAGAGCUCAUUAUGUUCAUCCACAAUAGACUAGUUCACAGAGUUGGGAUAACCAUUGAACAUGGAGGAAGAAGUAUUAAGAAAACAGAAAAGAAAACACUAAUAAAAGGUUGCAUCCUUAAGGUGUAGGAGAAUUGUAGUAACACAAAUUAUUGUCAUUGGAAAUUAACAAAUUUUACUAACUAGUUGAUUAUGCAAUAAAAGCUAAUAUUAAAACUAAAUUGACAUUAGAAAAUCUUUAACUCUCACUACUGAUGAUUAAGUAAGCAACCUGUAAUAGCGUGAAGGCUGGUUGGUAAGUGCUAAAGGUGGUUUCAGAUUGCAUUUGGGUGUCUGGUGAUCUCUUAAAGAGUGCUUUGUUAGAGGCCAACUGUGUGCUGAGAAUGUUCGCAUGUUAGGUUUCCUGUAUAUAUCAUUUUUAUUUUAGUAGAUUAUUUUAGUAAACUAUAUUAGUAGGUUAUAGGGUAAUUCAGGGUUUGUGUGUGUGUGUGUUACGUCAUGGAACACGAGAGUUUCAUGGCUGCAGUUGUGAAACGCUGCUAUAGGGAGUCCCCUUACCUUUCCCUCGGAAUAGUGUAGUAAGAUUAUUUUUUCUUUUUUGAUGUAGAAAUUUUCGUCCUGUGUUUUUAGAAGUGAUGUUUCUACUGCUAACAUAAUUGUAUAAUAGAAGUUACAAAGUUUAUAUUUUACCUAGUGAGCAACUGUAAGCUGUAGACUGCGAGAUUAGGAAAGGCACAGAUGCCUGGGCCGUACCCAAGUGUCAAACUGUAAAUGCUUUGUAAACUGUAAAUUAGAUAACUUUAGUUAAAUAACAUAGAAUGUUUUCAUGGAAAACAUUCAAAUUGAUGGGACCACAUUCUUCUGGUUUAAAUACUUGUAAUAAUCAUCUUGACCUAAGUAUUAGCUUGAGUAGCCCUUUAGGAAUUACUUGUUGUAAAUAGCCUUGUAAAUAGAGCAUCUAACCAUACAUAUCCUUUCCAGCCUUCUAGAAAGAAGGUAUACUGUUUCGUCUUUCAUAAAUGUAAAUAUUCCAGCCUGUGGCAUAUAGAUGUAUCCUAUGGUGUUCUUUCAACAAAGUGUUUAUUGUGGGUUUUUUAUGUGUAUAGUUAAACUCUGUGAACAGUAUACCAGAUCAGUGUGCAGGUGUCUUUUUGGCAGGGGUAGGGAUUAUAGGGAUAGCCCCCAGGGCCUUGUGCAUCCUGAGCAAGCUGCAGUCCAAGCAUAGCAUGUAUAGCUUUUAAUGAAAUCUUUUGUAGCUGUUUGACCCUUUUUGUUUUUCCCUUUUUACUCAUCUUUGGCCUUAUCCUUUACUGCCAGUGAUUGCUAAAAAUUUUUCUUCUUUCUUUUUCAUACUUUUCCUUUUUUAAAAAACCAAUUAUAGACAUUCACUUGGUGAGAUAGGAAUUGGCCAUCUAGAAAUAUGAUCAUCUUCUGAAGUCAGCAGAUUGUAUUUUAAGCGGUAGUCUGUCUCGCUAGUUAUAAGCUCCGUGUAUAUCCAGCUAAUGAACUCUUAGAGUUUCAGAAUCAGCAAGAACUAAUUUUCAUAAUACAGCUGUUUUGUUUUCUAAGACAGGGCCUGGCUGUGUAGCCUAGGCUAGCCUUGAACUCACUAUGUAGCCCAGUCUGGCCUGCUUGUAAUGCUCUUGCCUCAGCUUCCCAGCUGCUGGGAUCACAAGUGUAAACCAUGAUCCCAGCUCAGUAUUUUACAUGGAAAUGUGCCAAAGGUGCCUCUUGGCCUAAAAAUCUCCAUGUUAAAAUUUUGUUGCCAAUAUUAAAAAUAAACAUACAUUGUAAGUUGACUUCAAAUACGAGAUAUUUGGGGGUGAUACAAAUAAAAAUAAAAGGCAACCUCAAUAGUGCAACACGGUACUGCAGCCACUGCAGUUCUAACAGACACUGGAAAUACUGGGUUUAGAUGAAUACUCAAGAAGAGGCUCUUUGCUAGAAUGUAAAAUCUUGAAAAGCAGCAAAGGAUAGGAAAGAGAAGUCAUAGGUACCAGGGAAAUCCCUGAGCCAGUAAAGCCCUCUAGAGUAAUAAGGAAUUGUUUUAAAAUUGACUUGCAAAGUGGCCUUCUGCUGCCAUCGAAAAACCUUAUCACCAAGUUUAUUACUGUUAUUGUUAUUAUUCUAUCAGUCCCUGCUGCUGGAGGCUGUUCCAUUUGCUCCCAGUAAAGCAGAGCCAGCAAGCUGUAGGCUUGUUUUCAGCCUUGCUUUUCCCAGAGUUGGAAAGUAUUUCUUCAUUGGUCUGGUUUAUAAUACAGCAGGUAGCCUUGGUGAAUGUUUACCUUUUUGGGGUGUGUUGGGGGGGUUGUUUUUUGUUUUUUUUAGUGCAAAUCAAGUACUUAGUAGUGGCUAUUUACAUAAAAACCAUGUGAGUUUCCAUGUAAGUGCUUGUAGAUACAACUUUACUAGUAAAAGUAUAAAUGUAAAAUUAUUUAGCUGCAUUUAGUUUUGAAGUGCCUAAUUUUUACCUAAAUGACUUGCCUUUCAUCUAAAAGUAGAGAUUUUAUUAUAACUAUUGCUCUCCAUUUAGUCCAAAAUACUGAGUUUUUGAGUGAGACUAGGCAUGUAACCCCAGUGAAGGGUACUGUGUAGGCUUUAGGCAGUGUGACAUGUAGCACAUAGUUCUGUUCUGUUGCUUAGAAAAGUGUUUGGUUAGCCUUCACUGUCUGUAUAUUAAGCACUUAAUGUUAUAUAACAUUAGUUCAGUAGCAUGCAGUUUGAUAUUUUCAUCAUAGUGUGAUCUUUUUGGUAGUAUAGUGGGUAGCAAUAUCCUUUGUGGUCUGAAAGUAAGUGCCUUAAGUCUUCCAUUUAACCCAAACCAUGGGAAAGAACGUAUAUUAUAUGGUAAAUUGUCGGUGAUGGCUGUGUGAUCUUCUGCAUUGACUUGAAGAGAAAAACUGAUCCUGAGGGAUUCCUUUGCCCACAAUAGGGCCCACUGUGUGUGUAGGGCGUCUGGGGAGGAAAUCUUAAUCAUACUGUGCCAGGAGAUCAGAGCCCUCUGGAACCAAGGAUCAAGCACCACCACCACCACCCUGCCCCCAGUAGAAAGGUGUACCUUUUAUAUAGUAUUUUAUUUAAAUGUAUAUGCUCCCACAAAGGACAGCAGAAGUUCCACUGCUGUCAUAUUUAUAUCAUCUUAGGAAAAUAAUGUCACUGAGGUUUAGCAUGUUUUAUCACCAGUUUUCAUAUAGGCUGAAGUGGGGAUAGUUUAAUAUGUCAAAGUGCCACCAUUCUUACUACAUUUUUCUUGAUCGAUAUUUACUAAGGAUUGGAUUCAGAAGCAUUCCACUAACUCAAAGUUGAACACGUAGAAGGUGGUUUUGAUGGGUGCUGCUAGGCUUUUAUUUAGCAUCAGUCAGCCUCAGUCAUUGGUAUACUAUUCAGUCUCAUGUGUAUCAUGUAUGUAUAAAAUCUAGUAGCUUAGUGAAGGUUAUUAACAUGCAGAGAACUGUCUGCAUUCACUAGAACAUACUUUAUUCUUUUGACCAUGAAUACAUUGAAUAAAGUUGUAUUAUUCAAAACUUAAGCUGGGGAAAGAAACUAGGAGGAGGUUGGCAUUGCUGUUAUUGGAACCAUAACUAGUUUUUGUGUACAGGGAUGGUUGAGGCCCUGUUCUCACAGUUCACGUGCUCAGCACUGGUGUUCCUGAGAAACAGUGUUGACCCAGUAGUCACUUUCUCACAGUCAUAGCAGACUUAAUGUUGAGGUUUGUUGCAUUUUGAGCCCACUUGGUGUUUGUUAGAAACAGAACAUAAUGGGAAAGACUUUCUGCAUAACCAUCCUUAGCUUUUCAUAAAGUUGGGGGCUUCAAAUACCAACAAAAGAUGCUGAAAAGAUGUUACUUUGGUCAAAUUAUUAUGUAUAUUCUGACUUCUUUAAUUUUCAGUACCUAAAGUCUCGUGUAUUAGAAAUACAUGUAUAAGUAUAUACAUAAUUAAAAUGUAACUCAGAAAUAUGAAUUAAUAAUGGAGUUUGUUUUCUGGAAAAGAUAGUCCUGUUGUAUCAAAUUUAUGUUACCUUAUAAUGGCUAAUAUUCUAAAAAGAAUGUUUAAACUAUUUAAAUUCUUGUGCCUCCUCCUCCAAAGGACAUGAAAAAAUAUCUUAGAUUAACUUUAUAUACCUUCUUCAUGAAUUUUGCCUUAAACAUUGUGCCUCAUUUUAUUAAAUUGUGUUAUUAGACUCCAAUUCUGGUUUUUGUGACAGCAUUUUAUUCUAAACAAACAUUUAUUUUAAAGAAAACGUUAUAAUGCCUGUAUUUGGUGUAUCACUGCUUAUUUGUUCAUUGAAUUUAUUGAAUACACAACUCCAAAAAUUAA